AUGGAUCGCAGCUUCGAUAUCACAACCGGCUCUGGUGCCGCGUCCAUUCACGCCGGCAUUAUUCCCUUGGAGCCUCUGUCCAAAACGAAGCUAAGAGGAGCCAAUCUCACUCAACCACCUACCAAAAGUGAUACUCUACCCGACGUCCCAGUGCUGGAAGACAACAACAGAAACAAUGUCUCCAAUGAAGAGCCGUCAAGCGCCCUUGGAAUCUCCAAAACGAGAGGCGUCAUCGUCAUCAUCACCCUUGCUGGCAUAAGUUUCCUCAACACAAUGGGCUCAGGCAUUUUAAUCGCUGCUCUCCCCCGCAUAGCCCAAGAUGUCUCCCUCUCGGAGAACCUCAUCCUCUGGCCAGCAGCAGUCUACGCCCUCGCGGCGGGUUGUCUACUCCUCAUCUUUGGCGCAAUAGCAGACGUCAUUGGCGUAAAGCUGAUGUGGGUUACCGGCAGCUUUCUCUUCGUGAUUUUCACAUUAGCUGUUGGUUUGGCGCAGACUGGUAUUCAGAUUAUUCUCUUCAGGACGCUACUUGGAGCUUCUAUCUCGAUGUGUCUUCCCACGGCGGUUAGUCUGAUCGCUAAUACCUUUCCAAAAGGACCUUGGAGAAAUGUCGCUUUCGCAAUUAAUGGGAUGGGGAGUCCAUUGGGUUAUGCGCUCGGUCUUGUGCUGGGUGGUAUUUUUACCGACACUAUCGGUUGGAGGUGGGCUUACUACAUGUCGGCCAUCAUCAACUUUUGCCUAUCGACCGGUGCGAUAUGGUCAUUGCCCUCCGUUUACACUGCAUCUGAGAGAAAGUGGACGACCAGAUUGAGACAUGAGAUUGACUGGGUUGGUGCAGCCACUAUGAGUGUGGCGCUCGGUAUGCUGCUCUAUGUUCUGGCCAUGAUCUCUUCAUCCUACAAGAGACUCGAUGACCCGGCCAACAUAGUGCUUUUGACGAUCGCCAUUGUCUUGCUCGCUGCCUUUCCGUUCUGGAUGGACUAUCAAGUCAAGCAUGGAAGACCGGCUCUUAUCCCGAACAGUCUCUGGCGCAAUCGGUCAUUUACAUCUGUCUGCAUCGCUGUCUUUUUAUGCUGGGCUUCACUCAACGGUAUCGAGUACUUCACGACUCUUUACUUCCAAAAAGUCGAAGGUCUCUCAGCACUUCAAAGUUCCCUGCGAUUCCUUCCUCACGUUGUCAUGGGCGUAGCAGCAAACAUAGUAACAGGAAUUCUCAUCGCCAAAGUUCAAGUGCGAACACUGGCUGUUGUAUCAGCCCUAAUAACGAUGGUAGCCGCACCACUUAUGGCUACUGUCGAUGUCGGUGAAAAUUACUGGCUUGCACCGUUUUGGGCCAUGUUCCUUUCACCCGUUAAUCCAGAUGUGCUCUUCACCGUCUCGAAUCUUGUCAUCUCCGACGCUUAUCCUCCCGAGAUGCAGUCCCUUGCAGGCGGUGUGUUCAAUGAAGUAGCGCAGUUUGGCAAUUCAGUCGGUCUGGCUAUCACUGCCGCUAUUGCUGCGUCUGUUACGGAACACUCGGGGAUUACAACCAGGGAAGAGGCGCUUAUGAAGGGGUAUAGAGCGGCUUUCUGGACAAUCUUUGCUAGCUGUACUACUGUUACGGUUGUAGUAUGGCUUGGGCUGAAGAAGGGGGGCAUUGUUGGAAGGAAGCAAGACUAG